ACUAAAGCUUGGACACGUCGUCUGUAAUUAUUAAGACAAACUGUGGUUAAUUAACUGCUGAUAUUCUGAUUGAUUGAUAAGCUUUUGUGAUUUCGAUCCAUAUUCAAAAUGGGAGGAUUAUUGAGUUAUUUCUCUGGAUUAUUUGGUAGUAAAGAAAGAAGAAUAUUAAUAUUAGGUUUAGAUGGUGCUGGUAAAACUACUAUAUUAUACAGAUUACAAGUUGGUGAAGUUGUCACCACCAUACCAACUAUUGGGUUCAAUGUUGAAACAGUAACUUAUAAAAAUCUCAAAUUUCAAGUGUGGGAUCUUGGAGGUCAAACAAGUAUCAGACCAUAUUGGAGAUGUUAUUAUUCUAAUACAGAUGCUAUUAUUUAUGUUGUUGAUAGUAUGGAUAGAGAUAGAAUUGGUAUUUCUAAACAAGAAUUAGUCUCUAUGUUAGAGGAAGAUGAGUUAAAGAAAGCAGUAUUAGUUGUAUUUGCUAAUAAACAAGAUAUAGAAGGUGCUAUGACUGUAUCAGAGGUAGCUAAUGCAUUAGGUCUGUCAGCAUUAAAAAAUCGUAAAUAUCAGAUCUUUAAAACUUCAGCUAUUAAAGGACUGGGACUUGAUGAGGCUAUGGAAUGGCUUUCCGACACAGUUCAACAACAGAAAUGAUGAUAUCAAUUCCGUGACUUCUAUAAACUAUUUAUUUUUCAUUCAACAAAAAUAUUCUGUUGGCGAUAACUUAUCAAUAUGGGAUCAAGUGCCAGACUGGUUGGUGAAAUAUUGUGAUUUAUUUUGCCUUGACAUUAUUAAAAUAUUUUUGACUCAGAAGUAACUUCCACAAAUAUCUACGAAGACAUAUAUCAAGCAUUGAUCAGCUUUCCCAAAUGAAAUUUUGAUUGUGAACUCUUUGAACACUGAGUC